AUAGCAUUAAGAGCGACGUUCUGUAAAGUGCUUUGUAGUGAGUUUUAUUAAUUUUAUUCAAUACAAAAUGGCAAGUUUUUUUGGGGAAGUAGUAUUUCCAGUUUCCCGAGCAUUUUGGGAUGAAGAAGAUGAAUAUGGAGCAACGCAAAAUUCCGUUAAUCAACCUCAAUUUUCUGUUCGAUGGUUAAAAGAAAAACCGCCCCAAAUCGAUACUUUAGUCGUAAUAGAAGGCGAAAUGUUAAUUGAUUUUUCAAAAAAAUGUUUAUGUGAAAAUUCUGAAGAAUUGUGUUUAGUGGAAGAUGACAAUCAAACGAAAGUAUGUUCACUUUAUCAAGUUAAUGAUAAUGUGUAUUUAUGCAUUGUAUCUCCGCGCUUCGAUACCAAAUUUUCUGCCAAGCUUGUUGACAAGAUGGGUGAAACUAUAUCAAGUGCAAAAAAUACAAUUUCUGUGACAUGUCGUCAUAUAUCACAAUUUAAGAAUAAAAAUACUCCAACAGUACCAUCUUUCUUAAGAAUGUUAACUACAGAAAAUGGAAAAAAUGUCUGUAAAUUAAAAGAACCCUACUUAGAACAGCCAAAUAUUGUAUAUGGAGUUGCAGCAGGAGUAUUGUCAUAUGCCCAAUUUAUGGAACUACCUUCAGUUCUGUAUGUUUUGUAUACAGACAGUUUUGUACUGGACUCAUUAUCUGCAGAACCUCUUUUAAAAUUAUUCACAGCAAUGAAUUGUACAUUACAUAAUGUUACAUUUGCUGGAAAAGACUUUUUUAGUAAAGGCAACCUUUAUAUGUAA